AUGCCACAUGGAGGCUUAAUCCAGCUACAGGAGACUCUUCUUCAUAAGUAUCUAGGCAAAAAGUUGAAAAUUCACAGUGCUGAUGAAGGAAUCGGUGUUAUAAAAGAACGGUUGAGGCAUAAAAAAAUUAUAUUAGUUCUUGACGAUGUGGAUCAAUUGGAGCAGUUAGAAAACUUGGCUGGAGUUGGUUGGUUUGGGGAGGGUAGUAGAGUUAUCAUUACUACAAAAGAUAGUGGAUUGCUAAAUUCCCAUGGAAUUGAGUCGAUAUACCAUGUCCAAGAGUUAAAUGACGACCAAGCUCUUGAGCUUUUCAGUUUGAAUGCCUUUGGAAGAAGUGAACCUCCAAAGGAUUUUUCGGAACUCGCACAACGUGCAAUAGCUUAUGCUCAAGGCCUUCCAGUAGCUCUAACACUUUUAGGUUCCCAUCUUUGUAAUAAACGAAUACAUCGUUGGCAAGUUAUAUUAGAUGAUUAUGAAGGAGAACCUUAUACAGGUAUUCAAAAAGUACUUCGAAAAAGUUAUGAUGCCUUGGAAAAUUCCGUGCAACAAGUUUUUCUAGACAUUGCUUGUUUCUUCAAGGGUGAACAUAAGAACUAUGUGCUACAAAUAGUAAGCAGUUCUAAGAACAAGGUCACACAAGAUUGCAUUGAAGUCCUUGUAGAGAAGGCAAUGAUAACCAUUGAAUGCAAUAAGAUUUUAAUUCAUGACUUGCUAGAAAAACUGGGCAAGGAUAUAGUUCGUGAAGAAUCCCCCAAUGAUCCCGGCAAACGUAGUAGAUUGUGGUUUCACGAGGAUGUCAAGCAAGUUCUAAUGGAAAAUACAGGAACAAGAAAAAUUAAAGGCAUCAUGGUGAAGCUUCCAGAACCAGAUGAGAUACCCUUGAAUGAAAAAAGCUUCGUUGGGAUGGUAAAUCUUGAAAUUUUCAUAAACCGUAAUGCAUUUCUAUCUGGACACAUUGAAUAUCUGCCAAAUGAGUUAAGGUUGAUUGAUUGGGGUAGAUGUCAGUUACAAUUUUUGCCAUCCAAUUUUCGUGCAAAACAUCUUGUUGUAUUCAAUAUGCCUUGCAGUGAUAUCAGAAUAUUGGAGAGAUUUAAGAAUUUGCCAAAGUUGACUUCUAUGAAUUUAAGAGGUUGUCAAUUCUUAAAAAAAAUCCCUGACUUAUCCGGACUCCCAAACUUAAAGUGCCUGAAUCUAAGUGAGUGUACGAGUUUGGUUGAGGUUGACGGUUCUGUUGGAUUCCUUGAUAAACUUGUUGAAUUGGAUCUUGGUGGAUGCUUCGAGCUUACGAGGUUUGCAACAAGACUUGGAUUGAAAUCUCUUAGAAGAUUUGUUCUUAUUGAUUGCAAAAGGCUUGAGAGUUUCCCAGAAAUAGAGGUGAAGAUGGAAUCACUGUGGAAUUUGUAUAUGGAAGGAAGUGGCAUAAGAGAAUUGCCUUCAUCAAUUGCAAAUCUUACUGAACUUAGAAAACUGAGUGCUGAUUAUUGUGAGAACCUUACAAUUACGUCAUUACGUAGUAUAUAUGGAUUGCAACGUCUCACUGAGCUCAGUCUCAAUGGGUGCCCAAAACUCCUUUCAUUUAGGGAUAAGGUGAACUCUGAAGUUUCAUCCAGCAACACCAAAUUACAUCUGCUUUCAACUAACUCAAACAUCUCCUUAGCGCUUCCCAACCUAUUUGAAUUUGAUGUCAAAGGAUGCAAUUUAUCAGAAAGUGAUUUCCUCCUGCCUCUUGAUUGUUGGUCCACACUAACAUAUCUUGAUCUAUCAGGAAACAAUUUUGUCAGGCUUUCGGGAUGCAUUAACAAAUUUAUCAACUUGCGCCACCUUUACUUGCAUGAUUGCAGGAGUCUUCUGGAAAUUCCAGACGAAGUGCUUCCACCAAGAGUAGCUUGCAUAGUCCUGGAUAACUGCACAUCAUUGGAAAAAAUUCCAAAACUGCCACCUGCGGUUGAGCAUCUGAGUUUGAUCAAUUGCAUUAGACUACGUGGCUAUGACAUCGGAGAAAAUAUUUUUCUGAAUCAGGUAUAUUCAGAAUUUGAAAUUCAUCUUCCAGGCGAUGAAGUUCUAAAGUGGUUCAGCUGUUGUAAAGAUGCAGCACUAGUUGAACAUUAUCCUAAUCCAGAUGGUGAAGAGGAAUAUGAUGCUGGAUGUGAAUUAUCAUGA